CGAUGGUGGAGGUUCAAGAAAUCGCAUUUUUAAGCGAAAUCUAAGCGUUUUUGUUUAUUACGUGCACUUGGCGACUGACAUUUAGCAUCUGAUAACUAUUUCUUCAUCUUAUUAUUAAAUUAAUGUUUUCAUAACGAUCCCGAACUUUCAAUAUGUCAAAUGUGAAAGGGGCUUUCUGUUCUCUUAUGUUUUGUUUCCUGAAGCCAUAUUAAGAGUUGCAUUUCAGCAUUUAUCUGGAAAUUUUUCACAAGAAAUCUGUGAAAUGAGUUGUUUGGGUAAGUCUGUAGAAGAAGUAUAUGUGGUUGCCAAAUAUGAUUAUGAGGCACAAGGUAGUCAAGAACUAGAUAUAAAGAAAAACGAGCGACUUAUACUACUUGAUGACAGUAAACAUUGGUGGAAAGUUCAAAAUUCCAGAAAUCAAGCAGGGUUUGUUCCUUCUAAUUAUGUGAAAAGGGAGAAACCUUCCAUAUUUGACAGCAUACGUAAGCGUGUUCGUAAAAAAAGUGAACCUAAGGUUUCCUCCCCAUCUUCUCGAGUAGCUUCGAAAGAAAAUGAUUUGAAAGGUGUAUCCCCUCGUGUAACUACUCCAGCCAAUAAAAUUUGUUUGAAUACAACAGCUGUGGUAAAAUAUAAUUAUGAAGCCCAACAAGCAGAUGAAAUUUCACUUGUCAAAGGGACAAGAGUUGUAGUAAUGGAAAAAUCUAGUGAUGGUUGGUGGAAAGGUGAAAGUAAUAACCAAAUUGGUUGGUUUCCUUCUAACUAUGUUCAAGAAGAGCCCAAAGAUGUGCCAGAGAUAUCAUGUAAUUUACCCCAAGAAGAAGAGCCAGUCACUGUGACAUAUCAGAAUGUUCUUCAAGGAAAUGAUGUAGUUGUUGCCCUCUAUACAUUUAAUUCUCAGAGCGAUGAAGAACUCAGUUUUCAGAAAGGAGAGCAGCUAGAAGUUGUAGAACGUCCAUUGAAUGAUCCUGAUUGGUGGAGGGCAAGGAAUAAUAUAGGACAAAUUGGUUUGGUACCAAAAAAUUAUCUGCAGAUUGUUUCACCUGGUCGAUCAGUAACUGAUUCUAGUGAUUCUGAUGCUGUUCCAUCAAAAUCAGAUGAGAGUCCAGGUGUUGGUAUUGCUGUCAAUGGUGCCCAACAUGAACAUUCAAAAUCUCCUUUAGGGGCCAGUGGAGGCUCUCCUAUAGUAAAACAACGGAACAAAGGUAGUUGUGAUAGACCCUGGUACAUAGGAAGUAUUACUCGCAGCGACUGUGACAGGAUGCUCAAUGAAUUUGCUGAAGAUGGUGAUUUUGUGAUUCGAGAUAGUGAAACAAAUGCUGGGGAUUUCUCGGUUUCUCUUAAAGCACCUACAAGAAAUAAACACUUCAGAGUCCAUAUGGAGGAUGGUGUUUACUGUAUUGGCCAGCGACGGUUUAAUUCAUUAGAUGAACUUGUAGAGCACUACAAAAGAGCUCCUAUAUAUACUGGCCCUGAUGGGGAAAAAUUAUACCUUAUUAAACCUUUUAGAAAAGUCCUUUGAAAGGAUAUCAUAUGGUAGAUUGAUUAAUUACAUGUUCCAAAUGUUUCUACCACCUUGGCUUUCUGAAUCAUUGUAUUUUUCAUUCUUUGAAUUUGCAAAAAGAAAAAUGCCACUGCUAACAUUUACUCGAGGCAACUUUUUUGUUGGUUUUUAAUUAUUUUUCUGUUUUAUAUAGCUUUAUUUUUUCAUAUUUUAUUUAAAAUCAUCUUAUAUGUGAAAUUAUUUUAUUAUUUGUGUGGUAUUGACUAAAAUAUGUCUGAAAUCUAUUAUUAUUAACAAAAAGGCAUUUGGAAUCGA